AUGUUGCUCUCAGCCUCGGUGAACUCCAUCUCAUCCAUACCUUCACCUGUGUACCAGUGCAAGAAAGCCUUCCUCCUGAACAUGGCUGUGAACUGCUCGCUGACCCUCCGGAACAUCUCCUGAAUGGAGGUUGAGUUACCAAUAAAGGUAGAUGCCAUCUUUAGCCCCUUCGGAGGGAUGUCACACACGCUGGACUUGACAUUGUUUGGGAUCCACUCAACAAAGUAGGAAGAGUUUUUGUUUUGGACGUUAAUCAUCUAUUCAUCUACUUCCUUUGUGCUCAUCUUCCCACGGAACAUGGCAGAAGCAGUGAGGUAG